AUAGAAAUUUGAUGUUUGACAGACAUUGAAUUGUGGUUAUAUGUAUAAUUUGAUUUUCAAUUGUAAAUUCUAAAUAUUGUGACCCACAUAACCAAUACAAUUAAGUAAACAAAAAAAUAAGAGUAUUGAAAUUGUACAUUAAAUGGUAUCGCCAUCAACCUUCGUAUUGUAUUAUGGUGAGGCAAAAAUCUGCAACAUUAAAACGUAUGAAUGGAAACAAACGAAGAAAAUGUAAUGAUACGGAUUCAUCCUGCUCUUUAGGCAGUUCUGGCGGUAACUCCGAAGAAGACUUCCGACAAUUACGAUCCAGAUUUGAUAAAAGAAAUGUAAUAUAUAGAAUUGAUAGUGAUACUGAAAGUUCCGAUAGAAGUACUUCAAGCUCAUAUUCUUCAGAAAAUGAAGUAAAUCAUACAAGUACAGUUUCAUCUUCAAAGACAAGUGUCAAUGCUGUAAAAUUAUCUUAUUCAGUGAGUAAGAGUAAAGAAACUGAUGUUAACAAAUCCGGUAAAACUAAUAAUGUUAAUAAAGAAAAAAGACCUAAACGAAUAAGUGAAAAAUGUAAGGCUUCAAAUAGUUCUAAUAAAAACAAAAUCAUGCCUGAUUCUUCACCUGUAGAAUGCCCUUUAAAAUCUCAAAAAGACAGUGUAGAAGAGUCUUUGUCAAAUAAAUGUAAUGAAAUAGUGCAAUUUUCAAAUAAAGCCGUUGAUGGUGAAAAAGAUAAUUUGGAGGAAACAAAUAGGAAUCAAAACAAGAUAAGGGAUAAUCAAUCAGAAGGUAUAAUCACACCUACAGACUCCAAAGAAUUGAUAGAUAAAGAAGAAACAAAUAGUCCUAUUGGCAAAGUAGAAGAAAAAGAUCUGCAAAAAGAAAAUGAGGAAGAAAAGGAAGAUUUACUCAAACAGGGAACAAAUAGUGAUGCAAAUAGCACAGCUAAUGAAGACCAGAAUAAUAAAAGUUUAAGAAAUUUCAGGAAAAGUAGAAGAAACUUACCUGGAGAAGAGGAAAAUAAUGAGAUUUUCCAUGAAAAUAAUGAUACUAUGCAUAAUAUCCAAAAUUUGGAAAGUAAAGAUGAUAAAUGUUUAAAGGACAAUGAAAUUAAUUAUAAUGAUGGUAAUGAAGAUGCAAAAGAUAUUGUCCAUAUGCCCAAAGAAAUAAACUCUGAUAAAGAGCUUAAGACCACUGAAAAUGAACACAAAAGUAGUGAGAACGAAGCUGAAGUCCCUUUUCUUAUUAAUCAGUCCCAAGAGUGCACUUCUAAAGACAUAUCUUGUAUAACCAUCUCAGACAGUUCUGAUGAAGAGAAUAAUAGUAAAAAGCCCACUAUGUACCUAACACUAAGAAAAGAUUUAUUUUAUACGGAUAAUCAAAGUAAAUCUGAAAAAUCAAAAUCUCCAAAACUUACUAAAACUGAAAGUGAAAUUCAAGAAAUAUCAGAUUCAGACAUUGAAGAAGUGAAAACUAUAAAACAGCAAUCAAAUGAAAAGAAACCCAGCAAAGCACUGUGUUCAGAUUCAGAUGACUUUGGUAAAAUUGCAGAAAAAAAGGGAAAAUGUCGGAAAAACUUGAAAAGAUUGAAAGGGAAAAAGAAAAAUAACAUAAUUGACUCUGACUCAGAAUCAAAUCAGGAUAACAAGAGAAAUAGUAGUGAUGACAAUUAUGAAAUACAUUCUUCUGACUCAGAAGAAGCAACAUCACACAGUGAAGAUAAACCCAAAAAUAAAUCUAAAAGAAAUAAAAAAAUUAUGUCUGGAUCAGAUGACUUGAGUAAUACAGAAGAUGAAGAUAAGAUGAAACAAAGAAAACUGAAAAAGCGCAAACGUAAAUCGAGCAGGUCAGAGAAAACGUCUGACAGUGAUUCUAAUGUAGGAAGAACAAAAAAGCGAACAAGGAUAAAACGCAUUAAAGGAAGCAGCAGUAGCAGUGAUGAGGAGACCUCAGAAAAGAACACAAGAAAAAAUAUAAGGAAAGUAUGGACAAAUGAUACUUUGCAAGAAAGUACCAUCGCUGCCGAAAAGGCCGAAAAGCAAAGGAAAGCUAGAAUUGCUGAAAGACAGCAGAAAUACAAUAAAAUUUUUGAUGCUGAAAAACUUCAAAAAGGCAUUGUUGAAAAUGUCGUGUUGGACUUUGAUGAAGAAACUAAGCAAGAGCUUCUAUGCAUAGAUCCCACACUUGCCAAGAAACUAAAACCUCAUCAAGCUAAUGGUGUCAAAUUUAUGUGGGAAUCAUGCUUUGAAUCUUUGAAAAGAAUAAAAAAAGAUAAAGGUUCAGGGUGUAUACUUGCUCAUUGUAUGGGUUUAGGGAAAACACUACAGAUAAUAGCUCUUGUCCACACUCUUCUUGUUAACAGUAAAAAAACGGGUAUAUCGAAGGUACUUGUUGUAUGUCCACUGAACACAGUUUUAAAUUGGGUCGAAGAAUUCCAGAAGUGGCUCGAAGAUGUUGACGGUGAUAUAGAUAUUUAUGAAAUGGCUAAAGCAAAAUCUAACAUAGACAGACAAUGCAUUGUUCGUAAUUGGGCCGAAGAUGGGGGUGUCUUAGUCAUUGGUUACAAUAUGUUCAGAAAUUUGACGACUACAAAUAAUAGAAGAAUAUCAAAAAAACUCAGGGAGAUUUACCUUAGUGCAUUUUUGGAUCCUGGUCCGGACCUUGUGGUAUGCGACGAGGGGCAUUUACUAAAAAAUGAAAAAACAAGCUUAAGUAUUGCUAUGAAUAAAAUAAAAACAUCUAAAAGAAUUGUACUAACUGGAACACCAAUGCAAAACAACCUCCGCGAAUAUUAUUGCAUGGUGCAGUUUGUUAAACCGGAUUUGUUGGGGACUUAUAAAGAAUAUUUAAACAGAUUCGUUAAUCCCAUAACAAACGGGCAAUAUACAGACUCUACGCCACACGAUAUAGCCAUAAUGAAAAGAAGAUCUCAUGUUCUUCAUUCCCUCUUAGAUGGAGUGAUACAACGCAAAGAUUAUGGGGUUUUGGCUCCUUUCUUACCACCAAAAUACGAAUACGUAUUAUUUAUACAAUUAUCUGAAAUGCAAAUAAAUCUAUACAAUUAUUAUUUGAAAAACAAGUCGUUUUUGAUAAGGAACAGGGCUCAAUCGACUGGAGCAUUCCUUUUCAGUGAUUUUCAAGAACUUCAGAGAGUAUGUACUCACCCAAGAGUGCUUUUAGAUAAGAGUAUUGAGGAUAGAAAUAAGCAAGACUUUUUAGAAGAUGAAGAAGAUGAAGAAGGUUCACUGAAAGAUUUUAUUGACGACAGUGAAGAUACAACCGAAUCUACAGAUUCAGAUUCUGACAAAAAGUCGAAGAAAAAGAAACUUGCUUCAGACGGCAAUCGUUCUUCAACAGAACCAACUAAAAGAAUUACGAGAGGUGCCGUAUCGUCAGGAGCAGCUGCUCUAUCAGACGAUGAAGUAGAAGAUGAUCCUUUUGUUAACGAAUGGUGGCAUAAUGUAGUAGACCAAAAAGAGCUGGACAACAUUGACCUAGGCAGCAAAUUGCAUCUGUUAUUUACAAUUAUACAACAUUGUGAACAGAUUGGGGAUAAAAUACUGGUAUUUUCUCAAUCAUUGUAUUCACUCAAUAUAAUUGAAUACUUUUUAAAUAAAAUCGAUGAAGCUACGCAGAAUAGCACCGACAAAAAUGGAUUUUUCGGUUCGUGGAGUUUAGGCUUAGACUAUUUUCGAAUAGAUGGUUCUUCCUCGUGCGAUAAUAGACAAGCGUGGUGUAAUAAUUUCAAUAACCCUGAUAAUACCCGUGCGCGUUUAUUUCUGAUAUCCACAAGAGCCGGUGGUUUAGGUAUCAACUUAGUCGCUGCUAAUAGAGUAAUUAUAUUCGACGUAUCUUGGAACCCUUCGCAUGACGUCCAGAGUAUUUACAGGGUGUAUCGCUUUGGACAAACAAAGCCCUGCUAUAUCUACAGAUUUGUUUGUCAAGGGACAAUGGAAAUGAAAAUUUAUGAACGACAAGUGACAAAGCAAGCAAUUUCAAAAAGAGUCGUGGACGAACAACAAAUCGACCGACAUUAUACUCAAAAUGAUCUAACAGAGUUGUACAAGUUCGAGCCGAAACCUUUAGGUGAAAGACCCACUCCUCUAGUGCCAAAAGAUGUUUUGCUAGGAGAACUGUUACAAAGUCAUUCGAAAAUAAUAUAUCAGUACCACGAACAUCAAAGUUUAUUGGAAAACAAAGAAGACGAAGAACUAAACGAAGAAGAACGAAAAGCAGCAUGGGAGGAGUUUGAGAAUGAAAAGGUGUUAAGGAAAACGCAACAAAUUAAUAAUCAGAUUCCACCGUCGAAUCUUCUGUUUGGAAUUUCGUUGGUAAUUAAAAAAGACAAUCCGACCUGGGGGGAUCAGGAAGUACAAAAAUUGGUGCCUGUUGUCAUGCACCAUCUUAACGAGCAACUCGUUAAGGGGAAUAACUUUUUAUAUGCGCGUGUUGUUGAAGAGCUUCGCAAUUACCAGGCAUUACAAGAGCAGCAACGUUAUAUGCAACAAAUGUACCUACAACAAACGUUACAAAAUAAUAAUGCUGCAUGGGCUCGACAACUGUCUUCAUUGAUGCGAUUGCCUACUCCAAAUGUUUUGCGAAACAAUACUGAAGUUAUUGAUUUAAACGAUUGAUCAAAGAUAUAAAUGUUCUUUAAGAAAUUCUUUGUUUGAUCAUCAAUUGCUAUCUUAUUACUUAUAUUUAUUUGAAAGAUUCGGCUGUUUAUUGAGUGGUUAGCUCUAGGUUUACUGAAUAUUUUGUAAUUGUAAAAAGUACCGUGUAACUACCAAAUUUACUUUAUUUCUUUUUGAAGUGCACAAGAAGUAAAUAAAUAAACUGUAAAAACAGUAAAAGUUGUAGGGCGUACUUUUUAAGGUAGUGUAUCAAAAUUUGAUAAAACUAUGUUAGAUUAAUACCUAUAGAUAUAUAUAUUCUUUAGUGUAAGAAUUAUAAUACAAUAAAACACAUUUUUGGUAAAAGAUUUUUAAAUUUCAAGCACACUAGCUAUUAAGGGUUGAGUCUGUUUGUGUUUAAUAAAAUUUAAAAAAACUUUGACUUUAACAGAAAUAUGUUAUUUUAGUUAUACUAGUCCAGUGGAUGUUAAGUAUCAAACAAGAUUAAUUUCUAAAAACAAAA